UGUUCUACGUUGUUGAAGUGAACUCCCAAAUUGUCACCAUCAUGGCUGAUGUUCAGCAAACAGUUGCAAAGCCCGCCAAGAAGCCAUCCAAGCCCCGGAAGCCAGCAGGGCCCAAGGGCACCGACAUGAUCUUGGAUGCUUUGAAGAAUCUCGGCCAACCUCGCAAGCCAGUCUCUGCUCAAGCUAUCACCAAGUACGUCAAAGCUAAUUACAAAGUUUCUGACAAGGUGGAUGCUUCUCUGAAGAGGGCCGCUAAGAAGCUGCUUGCCGACGGUAAAAUCGUGCAGGUGAAAGGCAAGGGAUACAACGGAUCCUUCAAGCUGAAUGUCAAGGCAGUCGCUGCUGCUGAGGCCGCUAAGAAGAAGAGGGCAGCUGCCAAGGAAAAGAAGAAGGUAGCGCAGGAGAAGGCUAAAGCCAAGAAGGCCAAGAAAGCUGCUGACAAGAAGGCCAAGGCGGCUGACAAGAAGGCCAAGAAGGCAGCCAAGAAGAAGACAUCCAAGACGAAGAAACCUGCUGCCAAGAAGCCUGCCGCCAAGAAGGCAGCUAAGAAGCCUGCCACCAAGAAGGCAGCCAAGAAGCCUGCUGUCAAGAAAGCAGCCAAGCCCGCCAAGAAGGCAGCCAAGCCCGCAAAGAAAGCAGCCAAGCCCGCCAAGAAGGCUAAGCCCGCCAAGAAGCCCGCAGCCAAGAAGGCAGCCAAGAAAUAAGCAGCUUCUCAGCUUGCAAACCCAAACGGCUCUUUUCAGAGCCACCACAUAUUCAAAAAAGAGAUCAUUCUUGCUGUCAAAUAAAUCGUGUCUAUUUCAGUCUUUAUUUUUAAAGAUCAUGCCAUCAUUUCUCCUUUUCCUAAAUCGAAACCAUGUUCAACCUCCGGCCCCCAUAACCCCCUCGUAGCGUAAUCGAAAAACAAAUAAUGAUACAAAGCAAACAGUCUCUUGAGUUCAUUUAAAAAUAUCCCUUCUUUUAAACUAGAAAAAAAGUUUUUGUUGGGGUUACGUCCUUAUUUAAU